AUGCACUACUCCUACCAAAUGCAACAUCCUUCCAAUGCCGUCUAUGAUCCAACUCUAAGAGUUUAUAAUACUCAUCCAGUCUACGGAUAUCAACAGAUGAUGCCAGUUUAUCAACCGAUUCAACGGAAAGAAAUCCAAGUUCACUUAAAGAAUCAAGAUCAAUGGAAGUACCUGCACGAAUCUGACGGAGGAAACGAGAUGCUUUUGAAUAUUAAUGGAAAACCCCUGUUUCCGAAAAUCCAAUGCUACGUACAAAACCUCGAUGCAUUCAAAAACUACGAUGUCGGUAUCAAAAUGGUCCGUAGCAAUCCGAAACAAUUCGUUCACGACCGGUAUGCAGGAAAAUGGAUUCCCGAUGAGGAUUCUGAUGUUGUCCCGGAUAAGGAAUCUAAUGAAGUAUUCAUCCGCGGUUCUGGAGCAAAUCUCAUGAGGUCUGGCAUCGAUUUUGGGCACGUCAAGAUAUACAACGACAAAGUUCUGAAGGCGAACGAGGUCCCGUCCGUUCCUAAGAAUCUCAAAAAGGCGAUUUCCUGCAAAGUCAAUCUAAGAUGUCUCUACGUUCCGGUGAUGACAAUCUACGAAGAUGACCGUAAAACCGUAGUCCGCCAAUUCCAGUUCGAAGAGACCCAGUUUUUGGCGGUAUCGGAGUAUAAGAACAAGGUUGUCAAACAAUUCAAGAUCCAGAAUAUCAAGUUUGUACCUGGUAUCUACCGGAAAGCACCAGGUUCUGAGCAAGAGGAAACAUCGGAAGAAGCUCCAACUAAAAGAAGCCGAAAAAGAGCUGCGAAGGUUCCAGUUACUGAUUCCAAGAAGUUCAAAGGAUCUCAAGAUGAUUCUUAUGAAACCCCUGUCAAUUCAAUGGCCUCUACAUCACCUGGAUCCAUUCAAAAUUCCUCUGGAUCUCCACAAUCGUUGUCUGAAGCUGGUUUCACAAACACUUCAAUUUCCUCCAAGAAUUCAAGACCUUCAUUGUCUCCUCGGAUGACUGAAAUUCAUCAGAUGAUGCCACCACAAGUUUCAACCUCAUCUGGAGCACCUAAAAAUAACUUCGAAUAUGGAUACGACUUUUCGAGUACUUCACCUUCUUCUCCAGAAAGUCUGAACCGUUUAUCGACGUCUCCUCCAAUGGCUUUCGAUGAGAAUCAGGAUCCAAUGGCGCUACAGUAUUUCCCGGAUCCAAUUGUCAACUACAGUAACCCAAUGGAUACCAAUUGCUCUGGAAACGAAUACAAGAACUUCUAUCCAAUGAACGGAUUCGACUUCAAUGCUCCACCAAAUCCUUAUCAAUUCGAUUUCAACAAUGAUUACAAAUUCUAA